UUCGGAGCGCACAACAAUACAAACCUUCAGCCAGUGAGACCGAAAGGAAUUGUGUUUCGAUUUUGAUCAACGAAAUUUGUUUACAUUUUUUUUUCUGGUGGUCGUGUCUGUUUUCUCUGCGCCUUUUUUUUCUGCUCGGGUGCGAUACGUCGUGCGUUUUGUUUUGAAAUGAAAUUUUAAAUAAGUGUAUAUAGUUGUAGUGAGACAAGCAAAUUGAACUAAUUAUUUUCUUUGAGCAAAGCGUUUUUUUUCACUUCUCUCUGUUCUUCAUGGGCCAAGUUUAAUUGUGUGAACAAUAAUAGCGCUGUAUUUACAUGAUAAUUAAUUAAUGAAUUUAAUUGAAGGAAACCACGACAGUCGAUAUUGUUCUCCACAUGUAUGUUUCGCUUUUAUUUUGCGUUGCGAAUUGCAUUAUAUAUACAUUCACUAUCGCUUAUUCCAUAGACCUCGUACGCAUACAGUGUUUUUUUUUUUAAUUCGUUUUCAAUUUAACGCAAAUUGAUUGAUAAGUGAAAAUAACAAGGACUAUGCGGUUUUACUCCUGCCGCUCAAAUUCAACUGUAUAAUUUGCAGAGAGUUUAAUUUUUCGCGCUGGAAAAAAACUUACUCAUCUGUAGUUGGCAUUUACGAAAAGUGUUCAUUCAUUAUCGAGCAAAAAACAAAAACAAAAAUUUGCCGACGAUAGAAAUAACGUAAAAAUUGUUUAUUUUCUGUUCAGGGCCAUCGAUAAAACACUCGAGUAUAGUGUAUGUGCAUGAGUUUUGUGUUCAUAGAAGCGCGUCAAUGAACUACAACCAUAAAUAGUGAUUACAAUGAAACGGAAAUUUUACGUUAAACGUAAUUGGCCCAAUCUCGGUGAAAAGUGAAUAAUCAUUGUAUGAAAAUCGCAAUGAAUCGACGCCGUGACAUUAUUUGAAGUGUGUUAAAAUUAGGUAUUUCAUUUUCUGUCUACAUUUAUCUAGUUUAAUUAAUUUGUGCAUCACUGGUGCAACCACAUCAACGAUACUGAAUCGAAAAGGCCAACGAUUCACAAUUUUCAUAUUGAAACCAGAAAAAAAGAGCUCGCACACACAACGCUAAUCGAAAAAAAAGGAGAAAAGGCAGAAUAGCAUUCGGAUAGAACUAAAUAUAGUAAUGUGUCUGUCGUGCAACAAUCUAGUGAAUGUAUUUGUGGACUGUGAAUGUGGUUUAGCCCGUCUAUGCGUGAACAAUAUUAAAUUCAUAGCGACACUAAGUCGUCAUUUGUAGACUUUGACUGCUGUUAUUGUUGUUGUUUCUGCUGCGUGUGUGUGCUUUUUUCUCUCUCUCUCUUCUUUCGCUCUCUCACUCAUUUUCUAUAAAAAUUCAAUAUGCGCGCAUUUUACGCUUAGACGGAUUUUCUAAUCAGUGUUUGUAAUAGUUACGUAGUGCUAACAUUGCCACCGACAACCAUUCGGUAUUACAAUUGGACAGAAACAAAAGAAUUUUGAAGAAAAACAAUAAAGUCAACUCAACUCAUCAAUCUGGGUUGUGAGCGUGGAGUGAUAGAGAUCGCGAUAAAUGCGACGAAGGAGAUAAGUCGUUGACGCGCGAACAGUCGUUGUGCGAUGCAUUGAAUGAAAACGAUGCGAUACACAUUUUAAUAUCUCGGUAACGUGCUACUUGCUCGGCAGAUGUGCUUAAGCUGUGCGCGCAUACUUUUAUUCUUGCAAAAAUCAAUCGGAAUUUUUCCUCUUCGAGAUACAUUCGAUUCAGUGAAUUCGCAUUUUUUGUGCUGAAAAAUACAUACAUUUUCCAUUGUUUGUAUUGUGGCUGGCUAUCGUUCAGUCGUUGAAUGCAAUUGAUUAAACGAUACGAAUAGAGAGAGAGAGACGAAGACGACGACGACGACGACUAUUUCGUUAUGUGACAAGUGUUGUUAAACAAGUCGAUAUCACAGGGGAAAAAAGUACACACGACACCGCCAAUGUUUACAGACAGAACUCAUUAAAUAAAACGUAUCGAGCGACGUUCGAUUUUGUACGUUAAUUGUAGGUUUUUUCUGUAUCUCUCCUUUCAUUCGGUUGAUUAUACAGUGCGCGAACCUUAUGCGGUCCAAUUGAAUCAGCAUUUCUUGUGUUUACGUAAUUUGAGCAAAUGCAAAAGCCAUAAAUAAACAUUGAUUAAAUAAUGGUGAUUUGUCUGAUAGCGUAACGCGGUUGAAUAUUGCAAACGCAUCAAAACUGAAGUACUGUGAAAACAACACAAAUGCCGGACAAAGGCCGUCAUCACGUCGAAAGGUGAGUAUUGAAAUAUCCAAUUGGGUCCUACAUCCAUGUUCUCUUUGAUGAAGACUUUUGGAUUAAAUGAAAAAAGAACGAAAAACGAGUUGGAAUCACGAGAAGAAGCGGUAUAAGCGUUCAAUAACUACGCCACGUGCUAUGCAAUCCUUCCGAACAACAACAACAACAACAAACACACAAGAUUUAUUAUAAACAAGUGAUUAGAUUUCAAUGGAAAUUCAGACGGAAGAGUUUUAACGGUUUUAUUUAGGUAGACAAAUUCAAAUUGCUUUCAUGAGCACACAAUUUAUUGGCAAUAAAAAAGACAAAAAAAAAUUCAAGAGCUCGACACCCCUGCCCAACCAUUCAACUCACACAUGUAUAUAAUCUACUUGGUGCGAUCUUUUGAGCAACUUAUCCAAAGGCAGCAUGCGCACAUUUGUAAAUAAAAUUCCAGAAACAACUGCAAAUUCAACGUAAACACGUUGUGAUACAAAGAGUUCCGUCAGAUGAUUUCAGUAUUUGUUCUUUUUUAUCUCUCUCUCUCUCUCUCUCUCUCGCUCUGUCUCCCUUUUAUUUUUGCUUUUCUUUUGUUUUGUUGUCGUCAUAGUGAAUAUGAUAAAACGAUACAUCAACAAUUCAUUUAAUAAAUUAACUCGUUCGUUCACUGGUUUUCAUUCGUCUGCUGUCUGUGAAUAAAUAUAUGCAUAAUCUCCGAUUCAUCCUUUUUUUUACAAUUCUCUUUUACAACCGAAAACCCGAUUGAUUUAUGGUGAAUCGCAUGUGAAGCAUUCGCAACAACAACGAGGAAAAAAAAGCAACGACAACUUAAAAGUGUGCAUUAAAAUAUGCGGCCAGAAACCAAACCAAAACUAUUCAUAUUAUUCAUAUGCCAAUCUAAUUUAAGCGCAAAUGAGUCGAUGUGUGGUGAUUGAGUUCGUUGAAACGUCUGUGGUAAUGGGCACGAGUGUGAUUUCAUUAGUUGUUGAGAUAAAUUAUGUCAACAAGAACAACAUCAUUAUAUUAGGAUAAAGAAUUCGCCGAUUGCCAGUAAUUUAUCACGGCUUUUAUUCGAUUUUAUUAUAUUGACUGAUCCGGUUUAUGUGGCUCAUGUGAUUGGCGCAAGCGCGAGCUCAUUUGUUCGCGACCGCAUCUUGUAGAGCACACAAUAACGUUAAUCUGAUUUGUGAUUUGCAUGUGGCAAAUGAUUUCAAGAAGAAUUCAACACACGGUCAACGAUUGAGCUGAGAAACGGUUUAGUGGUGUGCAAAAAUUUGAGGACACCUUCUUUUAUGUCGGCAUAAAACAGUAAAAUUUGUAAUUAAGUAGAGUUCGAUGCGCAAAAAAAAAAAAUGUUAGCGCCUGGCUGCGUGUAAUUAUAAUUUAUUGUAAACAAGUUUCAUAAAGUUCAGAGUAGGCAAGCUUCAAAGUAACACACUCUGUGAGAAUUGAUGGCAAGAGAACAUUGCAUUGAAGUAGAUUAUUCACAUCUAAAACAAUUUCAUACCUCACAAAAAUGAAACAAUCCCAUUCGACUGCGAAACAGCCUCAACUUUUUUUUACAUUGUUUAAGUUGAUUAUAUUUAGUAUUGACUGUUUUUUUCGUAGAAGCUCAACAUAUAUACACACACACCGAAUAUGGUCAGACAUCUCAAUUUCGAAUCAUUAAGCCAAGGAAUAAGCGAAUGGAAUAUUUCCGCCAUAAUUCAUUUUAAAUGUUGGCUUGUGGAAUAAACUAUCAUUUUGAGAAAGAAAAAAACAUGUAAUAAUUUUAAUGUUGCCAUUGCUGUUUUCAUUUCUUACGCGGCGCGAGUGUGAGAUGGGCCAUUUUCAAGCCCGUGUGCAUACAUUAUGCGUCAAAGUGAACAAUGUGAAUAUAACAUAUGAUUCAGCACGAAAGAACAGUGUAAUAAAGGAAUACAAAUUGAAAUAAUAAAAAUAAUGGCUCUUCAUAUAAAUAAUUUUAUAUGGGGUUUUAUGUGAGCGUGUGAGCUUGUGUGUUUCAGUAGUUAUUGCUGUUAUAGUAUCGCAAUUUCAGUGUUAGAGUCAUAGAGUUAUAGCCAUUAUAAGACGAUAUCGUAGGUUAGACAAAAGGUUCACAGCCGAAAAUAUGAAUUUUGUUUCAACAUUUUUUUGUUUAUUUCUUGUUUGUGAUAUUAUUUAAAAAUUAACCGGUAUAGCCGUUGAUUUGCGAUGUUUCAACCGUGAUAUCUUUACACUUUUGCCUUCUUUCAGAAGAGAACGCGUUCACGUUGUGUUACGUGAGCACAACAGUUGCAAGUUCUAUGCUGGUCGAUGUGGUUUUUUUGUUGUUUCUUUUUAAACAUUGUCACAUGUGCACGGACGAGCGAGACGCGAAUUUAUUUUUUUUAUUUAUACAUAAAUUUUUCUCUCAAACAAUUGAAUGACCUUGAAUUUUCGGUUUCAUUUUUGUUGACGAUGUUACUUAAUCUUUUCGUCCUGUUCAUUUUGCGCUCUAGAGAUCCGCAUACCAUUUAAUAGCCGAUUAACCAGAGGGAACUUGAUUUCUUUUUUAUUAUUCAAAUUUACGGAUGUAGCCGUUUUGUUGGCAAUGGUUUUUUUUUCCUCGUGAAAAUCCAGUCAGAUAUGUCGUUGCGGAGGCAAAAUGCCAAGAAAUUGCGAUUUCUUUUCCCUACUUGCUGGAUGGAUACGAACGACAUAAGGAUAGACAGCAAACAGAAGACAGUAUCGGGCUUGGUUGUCUUGUGUGCGCUGCAUGUAUGUGAUUCGACAUACAAAUGCAUAUUGACGUAAUUGAUGCGUGCAAACGUGCGAGCUAUGUUUUCCUACAUGAAUUACAAUCAACCGCACGCUUAAGCUCCUAUAUAUAUCUGACAAUGGAAAAUCUACUCAUCUCUACAAGUCUGUAAAAUUGUGGUAUUUUUUGUGUGUACUUCUACGCGAUUAUUUCCUUAGCCGGAGAAGUCAUGGCUUUUGCUAAAUACAAUAAAUUAUAAUUGUUUUAUUUAUAUGCUGUUCGUUUAACGUUUUUGCAGUUGCAAAUCGUCUCAGAGAAUGUGUAAGCACACAGCACAUACACGCACACACACACACACACACCCAAAACAAAACAGAACAAAAAUUUAACUGCUGCUGUUGUUCAUGCCACGCGCACGCGCGCACGCGAAUCUGAGUAGCGACCAUUUAUAUUCAAAACGUUCUCUCUCUCAUUAGCUUACAGUUGGGAUGAGAGAUUAGUGAAAAUACAAAGUUUUAAUAGAAACUUGCGCAUUAUAUUUUUUAUGUGUUUCUUGAAAUUUCAAUUUAAUUUUAAAUGCUCAUUUCAAUUGGCGUUGCUCAUGAAAUAUAAUGCUCGCGCUCACAUGUCAGUCACACACAGCAAAAUACAAUGUACGGAAAGAUAGAGCAAAGAAAUAAAAAAAAAACAACUUUGUUUACUUUCAAUUUAUUUGCUUUAUGAAUUGCGCACUCCAAAAUCAAUGGUAAUGGUGAAAAAAGUUGUUGCAAAGUUAAUUUUCACUUGUAAGACGAUUUGCAGUGCAAUUGUUGUUCAAUCAAGAAAAACAUGCGAUUGCAAACGAACACAAAUUCUAAUGGGUACAUAUUCAUUGGAGAAUAGGCACGAUGUGCUCAAGCAAAAUAUGAUGGUGGAUGAUAGUUGAAUAAACAUGUCAUUCGGCAAAACUUUUGUUGAAAAAUUAAUAAACAACUCGAAUGAAAAUAUUGUCCAAAGUGCUAGGCAAAAUCAAUAAAUCUAUCGACUGGUCAUGAUAAACGAAUAUCCUUGUGCGAGUUGCUAAGCAGAGAGAAAAAGAGAGGAACAGUCAAUCUUCAAAUUCAAACAAAGAUUCUUAACAGCUCAUUUCGUUCUUAGUUUGUUACUCUUUUUUUUCAUUACCUUUGGGCUUACCCAAGGAACAAAGAGCAAAGAUAUGACAAACAAAUAACCAAAAUCAAUUGAACGCAAGCAAACGGAGUUCCAAAUAGAAAAGACUUAUAUACGGAUGGAAAUGCGAGUUAAACGCAAAGAACAACGAAGACUGGUGAAGCGAGAUUAUUGCGAUUGUAAAUACAAAUCAAUGUAAAUAAUGACGAACAUUGUGCUGUGUCGAUUGCCAUUCGUUUGUCGCUGUCGUUGACGUCGGACGUCUGUCUUCUCGUUACAUGUGCAUUUUGCAUCAUGCAUUUGUACAUCAUCUGAUUAUCACAUCUUUUACUUGCACACAAACAUCCGUUUAUUGGCAUUCUUUUGUCUCCUUCUCCCUCUUUCUCUCUCUCUCACUGUGUGUUUUCAUUGAGUUUUGCUUGCGGCUAACCAAACAUCGGCAACUGAAAACGAGAUUCCUCGCCGAGUCACCGAGUCGGAAAGAAAGCAUUGCACUGCAUUGCACUUGCUGUGUGCACUUCGCUCUCUGCAAUGCAUAUCAAACAAAAUACAGUACAUAUUCGACAUUGCUGUUUAAUUUAUUUGCUCAAACCAAACCGGAAUCAGUUUUUCAGUGGCUGUUUCUAUUUGCAGUGUUUGGGUUCCGAUGUCGUUUCAUUUCUUUCUCCGCUGCCUAUGUUGUGUUGUUGUAGCUGUUGCUGUUUCCACUCGCAUUCUUUGUUGGAUUUCUAUUCGUAGCAGAACAAUUUCAUAGAUUUGCAUACCGACUCAUCGACAUUUUUCCACAAUUCCCAAUCGAGCACGGACACACUUCCGACAUAACAAAACUUGAGCUGCUCGUGCACCAGAAUGAAUCAUCGAAUUCAGAUCGAUACCGGUUUUUGCACGUUCAAAGUUUCAAUACAUGUAUGUAUGCAUGACGAUGAUGAUAAUGAUGACGACGAUGAUGUGAAUAACCGCUUGAAUCAAUUAUCCCACAUUAUUUUUUUUGUUUCUUUCUACAUCGAUACAUAAUUCAUUAUUUCUCAAUAUUUGUUCUUCGUUUUCCGUCCGUUCAAUUCGAAUCGGCUACAUCCAAGUAUUGUUAAGCAUUGCUAUUUCGCCAAAGAUAUGCUACCGGUUCCACAGACUAUAUAAUAACUUUACAUGUUUUUCCUUGACGCCAUAGCAAGUUUAUGAUUUCAGCGGGACUCGAACAAUUUGCACUGCUGCUGCAGUGGCUGUUGCUGUACGAUCCAUCGCACAAAGAAUUCCGAAUGAACUAUUUUACGGCUACUGAUUUGGUUAUUGCUCUUCAGUUCAUCUUAUUAUUUCCAUCAUGCAAUCCGAUUCAUAAUUUUCCAGUCGACACGUUUCCUACGCUCGCAUUAUCUUUUGCAGCUCAUUCUCCAGAAACGUUCCGUUCUUCUUCCUUUGUUCGUUCUUCGCACACUUUCGCCAUUCUCCAGGGAGGAAAAUGGUGUAUUAACGAUGAUUAUGUUUUGUUUAUCAAUUUCUAGUCUUGAAUUUCAGACUGUGGCCGUUCCUCAGUAGUCUGAGCAAUCGAUUGCCUUUUUAUUCAAAAUUAGAUCGAUUACAUUCUGUUGGAUACGUGUUUUUUCUGAUUUUUUUUUUUUAUCGUGGAAAUACGCCGAUUAAAACCAUCACAGCUCGAAUGGAUUUGUUGCGAUGAAGUGUGAAACAGCAAACAAAACACACACACUUCAUCAAUAAAACACAAUGGACGUGUGUAUCAAACGUAGUGCUUGAAAGAUAAUCGUAUCAUAUUUCAUUAUCUUAUUGUAUUCUCUCUGUGUUUUUUCUUUGAUUGUCAUUUGUGAUACAUCCGAAGUGAUAAGAUAAUUAGUAGUGCUAAUGAAAUCAUUAAAACGACUAUUAAACAGCCGCUUCAAAUGUCUAAUUAAUGCCCAUGUAGUAUUCAAAUGGGUUGAUUCUAAGUUACACCAGAUUUGGCGACUGUUGGUUCCUUGUUUUGCCUUUGAUUUAUAUGUGAAUUGAUCAGGUGAAUUGUACGCAUUUAAUUCAUGUUGUAUUAAACGUUUAACUUAUAGGCAAAGUGACAGUAAAUAUUAUCAAAUAUCUAUAAAUGAUAGAUUAGAUAUCAGAAGUAAAACACAAAGCAAAAAGACGAAUUACAUUCUAAAAUGACAUUUAAUGAACGUGAUUAUGAGUGUGUCGAGUGUGUGCCAUUGUCGGUUUUUUUUUGUUCAUAUUUUAUUCCUCAUCGGUGUGGAUCUACAGCUACACUGCAUGGAACGACAAAUAGUUUUCAUGUAGAUUGUCUACUUAUUAGCUGAAUGUGUACUGAUUUAUUUCAACGUUUUUGGAAUUGUACAAGAAUAAAGCAAACGGUUUAAGCGUCCAAUUGAAAAAUGAGAUCGAUUCUGGUUUCUUUUUUUUUUAUUCCAGCUAGCCUGCUUCCAAGUACACAAUAAAUUGGAGUAUGUCAUGUGGUAACACUUUAUAACACAACUAUGCAUGAAUUUCAUUUGAGCCAAAGGCAUACAGAUCACUGUGUCCGUUAUCAUUCAAUUAAUGUUGAUUAAAUUAAAUUGAAACUGAAAGAAAAUGAUGUUUCUGCACACAGCAACCUUUCAAACAUUGCGCAACUCAUGUUUCAUGCCAAGGAAAAUCAAACAAAUAAGAAAAAAAAAAAAAAGAACAAGAAGAAACAGAACAAGAAACAAAAAAGAAAAAAUAAACGUCAAAGAAGAAAUAGAAUAAAUGCCAUUGCGCUGUGAAUACUUGUCAACGCUAGCUCAUCCUCUUCGCACAAAGAACACAAUCAGCAAAAUCAAGUUAUAAGCUAAAAGCGAAAUUAAGCAAAAAUGCUAAAUGAAAUAAAACGAUUGUCACGUCUCGCUCGCUCUCCUUCUCCCGCCAUCCGUAUCCGUACAUAUCUGGUCUUGCUCGUUGCUCUGCCAAAGACGUUGAAUAAAUUGCACACAUGCGACUUACGAAUGAUGUACAGAAAUUUCUGCUUGUCGACUAGAUUGUGAGAGCUAAAUCAUUUUGAAGCCAUCACAUCCAAUUGAUACCAACAAAUGUCAUUUUAUUCUGCAUUGUUUGUCGCUUUGCAAACGAACGAACGAUGGACACCAAGAUAACAGUCUGCCAUUGAUACGGUGUCAUUUGUGUCGUAAUGAAUCAUUUGAUUCCAUUCCAAAUGCAUUGCCAUCAAGCAGUUCUUUUUUUUAUUCGCCACGUAGCGCGCAACCUUUGACCUCCGAAGGACGUGUCUUUAAGUUAUUACAGAAUUUUAUUAAAAUUCCAUCUGGAUUUCGUUUAUCCAGUCCACUUUGAGAUUUCGGUGCGUUUUAUUUACCGUGGCGAUUGUAGUACUUAAACUGAAGGACUCUCCUAUUCGAAUGAUCGCAGAUAUAUAAGACACACUUGUCUUUUCGAGAGAAAGAGAGAGAGAAAAAAAAGGAAUAAUGGGACUAAUCAACUUGUCAAAUUGGAUACGUUGCUCUGAUGAAUGGCCAAACUGCGUUAGCUUUCUUUUCCCUCUCGCUCUCGCUCUCGCUCUCGUGUUACUCUGUAGACAAAUUGAAAAUGAGGAUGGUAAUGGAUUUUCUUGAAUUCGGCCGAAACAAAAAGAAAUGAAUUGAACCGCUAAAGAACAACAGCAUUAAUGAGAAAAUAUCUAAUUGCGCUGCACCCAAUCGAUUAUAUGAUUAAAAUGCUUGUUUCAUUUUGCCAUGAUGAAGAUAUUGAAAGGCAUGAUCAAUUGAUAAGUGGUCAUAAAAUAAAUAUCAUUAGGCUAAAUUGAUAUUGACUUUCGAUUCGCGCAUACAUUCGACACAAUUAAAUGAUAGACACAACAUUUAUUGACAGUUUAUGUUGUGUAGUUCGCGCGGUAGUGGCGCGAACAGAGCGCAAACGACUCUGACCUCAUGGAUGAAUCCGCCAGCUAUUGUGUGAACUGUGUAUGCGUUCGUUCGUUCGUUCGUUCGUUCAUUUUUUUACUCUUUCUCUUUCUUUUUCUCUCUCUCUCUCUCUCUCUCUCUCUCUCUCUCUCGCUCUCGCUCUUGCUCUCGUUCUGCGUCUCUGUUUCCGUCUUCUUUUACUCGUCGUGCAUUUCGCUCGCUAGCGAUUGAAUGAUAAACGAUCGAAAAAUAUUUGCGGUGAAUUGAAAGCAAAUUUAUGGCUUUGUUUGCACAUGAUUUUAUCACUUGCCUAUUAAUUGGAAGAGAAAACUUGCUCUUGUUUAAUUGUUUUUAUUAUAGUUUGUGCGUGUGCGGUUCGACUGUGCUUCUCUCUGUCUAUCUCGGUCGUAUACUGAACUUUAUAGAUGCGCCGAACGAAGUCAAAAUGAUGAAACACAUUAAUUGUAACUGCAAACAGCGCGCACCACAUGUGUUAUGCCUGAUAGCCUGUCCGCUUGUUCAUGAGGUCCUUGUCGCUCAUUUCGCACCAUUGAAGCGUAAGAUACGCGUCAUCAUCAGCAGCAAAACAGUAUACAAUCAAUUUUUGUUGGUGUUUAGACUGGCAUCGAUUUAGAACUAAACAAUAGUCGAAUCAUUGAGGCAUGACGGUUGGUCAUCCUCUCAUUUGAUGAAGAUAACACUUUGAUUGAAAUACCAGUUGAAUUUUGUUCAUUAAUCAAACCGAAAAACCUGUUUUUGUUGUCACCAUUGGGAAAAUCGAUUGCUACAAACCAGUGCAAUCUGGCCGCAUGCCGGGAAGCCUUUUCGGUUUUGUCAUACUUCAUUGUGAAAAUUGCAUUUGUGGCCAUUUACGACGCCAUUCGAUGGUAAAUUCGAUUUAAUUAGAAACAGCGAUGUGCCUGAAAUUAAUCAACUAUUUCGCUCGAAUGCCGAACCGAACACCACCACUCACUGAUAAUAAUUAUAAUUUAAAAUUCAGGCUGCUCUCUCUCUCUCUCUCUGAGUAUGAAAUUGAGUCAACGUUGAUUUGAAGUUAAUUACGUUCAAUUUAUAUCGCAUAAAUUUAUUGAUUUGCCUCCAUUCAACGUACGUAUUGUGUUCCAAUUGAUGCCUUCUAAUUUUAUUCUAUAAGUUUGUAAGUGUAAUUAUUUUUUGCACGCGAAAAACCAUUAGGAAUGCACAACGCAAUGCUCAUCAAUUAAGCGAAUGAAGCAGCUUCGUGAUACGGGACGUUUCAUUACACAUGUAUACAUUUCAUGUAGUGCUAAAAAACGAGCUGCCGAAGGUUGGACGGCACAAUCAUUUGGUAUGCACACAUUCAUUUCUCGUUAAGCAAAAUUGUGCUCUGAUUUCAGAACCGGCUUGAUUUGAAUCGAGCCGACUGUUUUUGUAAAUGUGUCCAGUGCCUGCGGAUAUAGUUCAAACGGAAUUUAAUCUCACUUUUCGGCAUUUCAAAUCGAUAUCGGUUAUCCGUUUUGAAUUACUUAUGCCAGCAUUUGAAUGCUUUAGUCAAGUCGUAUCGAUUCGAGCGAUGCAUCCAAAUUGCAAUUUGAAUAAUUGAAACUUUUGGGCAUUGCACAAAGAUUCAUUCCGUGAAAAAUGCAAACCAUGUAAUUGUGUGACGAUAAAGUUGCCUUGAGCGCACCCGUGUUGAUUUAAUAUUGUCGUUGCAUUUGCAUUCACACACAGAUAGCGACUCUAUUAAAUGAGUUGAUAAAUGUAUCAAAUGGUUACAUUGAAUGGAAUAAAUUACUUGUAAAAUUGGUUCACAUAGAUAAUGCUCUGCUUGUGAGGUAGAAGAGACUGCACUGCAUUUCAAAGACUUUUUACGCAUAAUUUAUCACCGCUGCAUUUGCAUUUGGAUUUAAUAGCCUGUUGUCGUCGACGGGCUGCACUCCAAACAUUCCGUUUGCCAUUGCGAAGGGCAUUUUACAAGACAAACUUUGCGCACGAAACCCUUCUGCUUACACAGUGAAAUUAGAUUCAAUUUAAUUCCAAUUAUAUUGCAGGCCAUUUUAAAGAGACUUUCCCUCCGCGCAAGCUUUCUGAUUGUAACAUUCAAGUCGAUUUUUCACUUGAAUUUUAAUGAUAGAGUAAACAUUUCAAUUCAUCAAUCCAAACUGAGCUUCAGUCCCCAUCGCGAUUCAAUUGAAUAUAAAAGGAAACCUCGAAAACCUCGCCGCCAAUUAAUUCAAUCAUUGAGCUACAAUUUAAGAAUGGGGAGGACAACAGAUGCUUAAGAACCGAAUGAAUUACGUAAUUUCACCAUUCACUGAAUAGACGCUACGUCUCGUAGCGUCUUUAUCUUGUUGUACACCAUCAGCAUUGCAUCACAACAACGAUCCGCUUCAUCUCAUUUCGCUGCUUCUUAAUUGCGGCAAGUGGUGAACAGGAAAGAUUACAAAAGUACAAGAUUUAUAGGCCAUAAGAAGCAUAAACCGUAUCCAUUUCGUAUGGAUCGCGCACCACCUAUUGAAAAAGAUUCUGAUUUUAGUGGUUGGUGAAACAGCGACACAAAACAACAACCGUCAAACAGAAAUCUGCAAUGAAAAAAAAAACUCGUGCGCGAACAUAAAAUAGCAAUGAAUACAGUCACUGAAUUCACUCGCUGUUUUUCACUCUCCCUCUAUCUCUAUCUCAAUCAUUUGAAUGGAAAAGCCAACAAAAAUGUUUUAAAAGCAUUCAAACAUUUCGACAAAAGCUGCGAAGCAGAAAAAAAGACACAAAAUGAACAAUAAAGUUCAAGUUCUUUUUUGUUGCGAGACGUGACAUUCGUCAAAAAAUGUGGAAAAACGCAAUGGAAAAUGGACUGAAACAAACGGUGUGAUGUCCAUCACGAGUACAAAGAUGUCGAAAGUACGUUACAAAGCUCAAUUCAAAUACCUAAAUUUUUCAGCACAAAAUUGUACUAAUGUAAAUUAAUACGCUUGAUUCUGAAAUGUGAAAAUAGGGCGACGCACGAAGAGAGGAAGAAAGGGAGUUUUUUUUUUUGGUUUCAAUGGUUAACUAAAGAAUAUGUAUCGAUUCCGAGCUGUUGUAUAAUGCGUUGCAAAAACCAGUUCGUUUAAAAACCUGGGAAAAAGUAGGGAUAUCAUAUUGAGAUUUUCCAUUUUUUUGCCGUUUGAACAUUUUUUUUCUCUGUUAGUGUUUGCAGAUUUACAUUCUGUCGUUAUUUCUGCGAACCAUUUUUAUUAUGAAAAUGCUACAGCACAGAAAAGUAGACGGAAUUCAUGGUAAUGACGCGCACGACGAACAGAUACACCGAAAGCUGUCAGCAUAUUUUAACGUUGGUCUUUUCACUUCGUUUUGUCUUUGAGUUUCUGAAUCAAAUAAAAAAAAGUGCAACCAGUGAAAUUAUUAAAAGGAAGAGCAGAAAAAAUGGUUGGGAUGCAGACAAGAAUGAAACGAAAGAAUAAUUCCAAUGACAGCGGUUUAUAUUGGUGAAAUGUGAGAAGGUUGCUGCAAAAACGAUUCGACGAAAGAAAAAAAAAUGAAAAUAGUCCUCUAAUUGAUUUAAUUCCAAGUAAUGGAAUAUGGAGAACAGCAGCAUCAGCAGUAGGCACUAACAGCCAAGAGAAAAAUAUUGUAAUAACUAUUGGAUAAAGAAUUCAUGCUGUGAGAAAAGUCGGCAUUCGACGAACCUCACACUCAAACUGGUGUGUUGCGCUAGAGAUGCCCAAUGUAUGAACAAGGGUUCAAAGACCAGCUUUAAGACUGAUUAUUAUCACUUAAGUAACACUCACAAUGGUUGGAAUGUCUUGUGCUAUUAAGUCAACAAUAAAAGUUUCAUGCAAAUUCAUUCAUCGCUAAAAUGAGAAAAAGCCAAACAAGGCCUCAGCCCAAAUCGUCGAAAUUCGAAAUUUGGUUGCGGCUGAGCGCUUUGCAAUUCGCGCUCAUCAUUCAUUUUCUCAGACAUGAAUUUGUAAAAGUGCAGUCGUCCGUCCAACCGACGUGUUUAUCAUCAAUUUUUCAUUCAUUCUCAUGCUGUGUACAUAUUAAAUGCACGGUUUAUCAUUACGAAUCGAAUGUAAAAUUGAUAUUCCGUUCGCUUGUAAUUAAUUAUAGGGGAUUUAUCACGUACUGAAGUGCUUCACAUCAAAUCAGCCCGCAGACAAAUCCGGCCGAAAUAUCACUCUCUCCCUCUUUCACUCUCGCCUUUGGGCGGUGGCAGUUGCUGCUCUUUGUUAACAUAUUCCCAACCACCAUGAAUAAUACUCAUUUCAUUGGUAUUCCACUUGGUAAAAAGCGAUUUAUGCUUAAUUCCAAACCGAUCAAUAAAUUAUUUUCACAACACAAACGACGAAUUUGUUUAUUGGACUGUAAAAUGCUGUUUGUGUGCUUAAAUAUUUGUGCAUUAUCAACGAUUAGCGAAAGGAUUUUCGAAGCUUUCUUUGCAUCUUGAAAUUUCAUUUUAUUUAACUUCGACUUUGUUGCAUCGCAUUUCGCUGCGGUGCCGAAGGUAAUUGACUUUCAUCGAAUGAAUUAAAAAUUGAUGUCACCUUUAGUUAGAAACUUCUUCGUCGUAUUUUUUAUGUUACAUUUAUUUUCAGCGCAAACUCAUCAUCGAAAACUAGAAACUGUGAGAAAACUCAAAGUCAAAAUUAAAAGUUUCCAACAACCUUUAACUGAUAAGUUAUCCGAUACUUGUUUAAACUUUGCAAUUUUGUUGAAUAUUGACUUCAAAUCACAUGCCAACAACAACGCAUUAUUCCAUCGAUGAUGAUCAUUGAACGAAGACCACAUAAUACAAAUUAACUCCCACAAUUUGGAUGGAAAAUUCAGUUUGAUAAACAUGUUUUCGUCUACGAAAGAGAGGCACCAUUUACUGCCACCGCACAAGCACCACGACACGAAAAAAAAACCCAGUGAAACAUGUCUGCUCGUGUUCGAUUCACUUAAUGGGCAUGUCGACCGAAAUAAUUGUACUGAUUGAAUUUCGAGCCGCGCAAAAUGCGUAUAUUUGGUAUACAAACAAAUCAAUUUGGGGAUAUUUUUAUCUGUCGCAUAUUGCCUUUGUUUUGUUGCUUACGACCGAGCUAUUUCCACUUUGUGAAAAUGACACAUACGCUCAAAGGCACAAUUUUGCAUCAAUUUAUUUGCAAUUGUACCACCACAUUUUUUUUCCAUUUGGGCUCUUUAUUGCGUUUUUUCGUUAUAAAUAAAUUAGUAGAACAAUUUUUUGCGAACGUUAAAUUUUGAAGUAAUUUUUUGUUUAAAUUAAAUAUCGCCUGCAGUUGUGAUUUUGUGUAAUUCAAUUAAUUAAUAUGGGUGGUUUUAAAAACAUGAAUAUAUGAAUUUCUUGGAAGAAGCAUUCAAUAACCAUCUACAUUUGAGCAAACCUACGGAUUAUAUGCACAUUUGUGUGUACAGUUUUAACUGGAAUUGGAAAAUAAUGCUUUUAUUCAAUCGAUUAAACGCCAUUUCGAUCUCCAGUGUUUUUGAAAUUCAAAUAUCACUGAUUUUAUUCAAUUGAAAGUGCACAGCCCAGUUUUACAUUGUUCUGCUUCUGAGAACGUUGGAAUUAAUUGUAAGGACAGUGCUUUCACCCCGUAAGCAACUCAAUAGAGGUGAACUGUUGUUCUAACAAAUUGACUGUGAUUUAUUUCCUGAUAAAAGUAACUUACAAGUAUUUAAAUAUUGAUUCGAUUCAUAAAAUGCUCGAGUUGGGGUCAGGUACGGGUACAUGCGCUGCGACUUUGUAAUCGCCCACCCCAUUUUGUGUCAUUGUUCAGCAAUUGAACUUUGACCUGAAUACUUUCCUUCACAUUCAAGUGGACGAUACAAUACGUCUACGCCAUUUCCAAAAUGGUUCCAACUAAAAAUAUCUUCCUUGUACGAAAACUCUAAAGUUUCUUAUAAACAAAAGACCAUUCUGUACUAUUUUUUCCAGGUAUUUUUUAUAUUCUAUUUGUAGUACACAUCGUAGUGAGGGGUAUUUCGUCUUUAUUCAUUGAAUGGAAUUUUAUAAUUUGAAAUUCUAUCGGUGAAUUUGUAAUUUAAGCUAGAAUGUUCUGCUAAAUGACAAGGCUCUGAAAUCAGAGGUCGCAACGGGACUUUCUCGGGCAAAUUUUUUUUCUCAGAAUUUCUGAAAGAAAAAUAUGUUUUGCCCGAAAGACAUUUCAUCCAUUUUUCACAUUGCAUGCCGAUUCUCCAUUUAUAGCUCGCUCCUUUUCUCAUCUCAUUUCAUUUUGAAGCAGUUUUAAUAUUCUGAAAUUAAAACUAUCACAAAAAGACAAGUUGAACAAAAGAUUUCGUCCCAAUGGCAACACGGAAUGUUAUUUGUACAGUAGCUUGAAUGACGAGAGUGUCGGAAUACCGUUAUGAGAAAAUAUAAGGAGCUGCAGAAAAUAAUCAAUAAGCAAAAAAUUCCAAGGAUCAAACAUUUGGAUUUUUUUUCCAUUUUACUCAAUCUCAAACGAUGCGAGGAAAUAUUGCUAAUGCACUUCCACAUACCUGAAAUACAGCAAGUAAUUGGAUAUAUCAAAGAAAAGAUAUACCGCCUCUGGAUCAGAAUAUAAUGACAAUAUCCAAAAGGCAAUAAACAUGCAAUAGAUACUUUUCAUCUUGGAUUAACAUAAAAAAACCAACAAACAUAGUCCGAUUUGCUCGAACAAAGAAAGAAAAAUAGUAAGCACAUAUUAGAAUGCGAGGAAACGAUGCCAUUUUCUCUUCACGGUUCUAUACAUUGUUUGGAUACGCGUGCAGCAUCGUCCUUUGUGCUUAUACAUACCAUUGAGCAUUCGUUUAUUUCCCGAAGAAACGAGGGCAACAUUUCAUUUCAGUAAAUUUUCAAACCACAUCGUUUAUGAUGCACACAAGUAAAGAAUUUUUCCAUGCAUCUGCGAGAUGUACUUUGGAAUAGUUAUGAAUGGAAAUUGGAACGUUGGUAUAAGCAAUUCUUUGCAGAUCCACUUCUUUCAUAAUUCACUCGGACUGCUGAGCUUCAAUGGUCAUGAAGAAUGAAUGAAAAUAGUCGAAAUGUAGAUUCUAAAAGAGCUACUGCUUCAACUGAUCCAAAAAUCAUUGCGUGUUCAAUGGGUUGAACGAAAAGUUCAUGUUGUCUUGGCAAAUUAGUAAUUUUUUCUGCAUUCCAUUCUGAUUUAAUCUAGCAAAUCCCCUUUUCCACUUCAUUUAAGCAGUGCAUUUUUCAGCACAUUUUUCUCGAAGCUUUUUUCAUUCCGAAAAAAAAAACAUGAACGAAGUGCACUUGAAGUUUGCUUGGUAAUUUUAAACAAAUUUCUCCAUGGUUUUAUUUCUCCAAGCGAAAAAUUGAACUUUUCUUCGUGAUGAAAGCAGGUGAACCACUUAAUUAGAGUGCAGAUUGAUUGUUUUCUAAACAAAAAAGACCAAAGACCUUAUAAACUCGUGUUUCAACAUAGAAUGCUGAAUAUGAUGUAGAAUAAUUUUCGAGAAUGCGCAUCAAAUUGUUCGAAAUUCCAAAAUAAUAUCACAAAUUUACCGUCAACUCUUGCUCAAGGAAAAAAAAAUCGCCAAGUUGCACUCGUUCAAAUAUUUAUACGGAUUUCCAUAAAAAAGUACUUAUUCAAUCAUGGAACGGCUUGUCUGCAUAUUUUGAGAAAUUUUUCGCCAGUGUUUUUCGGUGGUUCAGCAUUUUUUCCAGUCGCUUCAUGAUACAAGUUUAUCUCACAUUUUAAAACGGUGGUGCGGCUACAGGCUACACGUCGAAAGCAAAAAAUGUUUGUUUUUAUGACGCAAUAAAAUGAGUUAGGUUAUUUCAAAGCUGCGCAAUUUUCUGUUUCAUCUUUAAUGGAACUAAGUUCUUGCCACAUGAAAUAUUUCUGGCACUGAAUGCACCACAAAAGACAUUGCAUGUAUAUAUCGCUCGUGGCCAUAUCUCGUUUGAGUGGAUCUUCGGGGCUGAAAAUGUGAUUUAAAUACGAGGAGAAAUGGGGAUACUUGAAAAGUUUCUAAGGUCGUAGUGCAAUUUCAUGACAACAUUAUUUUUUUUUUUAUUCAAACGAAAGGUUCACAGAAUCGCUUCUUCAUUUUUUUUUUUUUCAUUUUCGUUCUUCCUCCAGUUCAAUUUUAUCAUCUUUAUGUCCGUCUGCGCAUCGUUUAAUUUGCAGUAUCAAGGCAACGGUAUGGUUUUUUUUUCAUCUUCUCUUUGUAAUCUCAUGCACGUAAUUCCUUGUGUCGGAUGCAGAUACUUUGGGAUAUUGCUACGUUUCCUUGUUAGUGACUCAAAUUUAUAAUUUUCAUGAUGGACGGGUCAACGAGAAAAUGCGAAAGAAGCACCAAUUGGUCGCAUUGUGUGAGAUGAAUUCAUCCCUGAAAUUGGUGCUUGUUUGUGACGCAUUCAUUGAAUCUGAACGCACAGUCGCACACACACAAAAAGUACAUACUCCAUGGGCAAGGAUGACCAAGUUUGCCUUUUGUGUUCAUUGCUCAUACUUGUUGAAUACUUUGUUGGCUCUCCAUUCGUCUCUCUUUCCACCUUUGAAAUGCCGUCGAAGUACAAUGGCACCAUGCUACUGCAUAGUCGUGCCCAAAUGUAGAGUUCAUAAUCCCACGUAAUUUCACUUGUUGAAAUCAUGCAGUAAAUGUGUGAAUAUGAGGAUGACAUCGGGUACCACAACACUACAUUCGUACUGAAGCGACUAUCAAAAAAAGAGUUUUGGACAUUCGCUCAUUCUUUCAGUCAUAUCAUCAACAAUUUGAAUUAACAUAAUUUCCCUCUUUAGAUUUAUUCAUUCAUUUUUUCUCCCUCUUUCUCUGUCGUAUCGCUUCGAUUCGCUUUUCAUUUGAUUCGGUCGUCGUCUACUUUUUAUGCCAUAGUCAUAAAUAAAUUGCUUCUUUUGAUUUGCUCUUUUUUCGAGUCAGUUCGACCGAGUUUGAUGAGUAUAAUCUGAAACGGAAAAAUAUCUGAAAUGAAUCAUUUCAUGUCAAAUGAUAGACGAGAAUCAAAAUGCUGGCAAACGGCGUCUGUGUGUGCGGCAACUUGCGAUGCUCUUUUCAACUUCAAUACUAUCACUUUUUUGUCGUUAUUCACGUCGCAAGGGAAAUUGGUAUCAGCUUUUGAAAACGUUUCGAUCUACAUCGACAAAAACAAGAAUGGCUUCAUCGGUAAUGAGGACAACGACGAUAAAAUAAAUUGCAACGAUGAUUUUCUAACGCACAGUAAUUAUUAUCAUUACUUUGCAUCAAUUAACAAAUUUGAUAAAUAAACACAAUAAUCAGAAUUUAAUGUGAAAAAUGUCGUCAAAACAAUCAGGCAAAAUGUAAUAUUAAUGUAUACUGCAUACAUGAAAACAAAAAGGCCAAAUUAAUAUUAAUCAUUGUUGUUGGAGGCACUUGCUUUACAUUAGUCGAUGGCAAGCGAAAUUGAAUUGAAUGCAUGCAACGUGUGUUUUGAAUAUGCGUGUGUGUGUGUUGCCCGUUGAUGACAAUGCUGAGCUGAGGAAAAUGAAAAAUAGAAAUGGUCGUUUUAAUUUUGUUUUUAAUGUAUUUAUGAAGAGUUUAACAUUUUUAAUAAUCGUGUUUUGUCAACGGCACCGUCAUGUGAAUAUGCCGUUAAUCAGGGCUGUCAUGCACCUUUGCUUCAGUUCACAUUUAAAUGUAAAGGCACCGCGAGACGGUAGCUUUUCUUUAUAUGGAGAAAGAAUAUUGGAAAAUUUAUGUGCGAAUUGCGCAAGUCAAACGAAUACCAAUACAAUGGUAUGUUCGAGACAAUGUGCGUAUCGUUCACUCUAUCCACUGACUGUUCGGAGUUCAGCCAGUGUUUGAUUCAAUCGCCUCGUUUGAACACCUUUCCAUCACCAGCAGUCAACCGUUUCAUUUUUUCCCUAUGAAAAAGAACAAACGAACGAAAUCCACCGACAAAAUCUCCCGUUUGAAAACGAAACAACCAAAAUACGUUGUACGACGGUCCCAUAUACACUGGGUACUGUGUAAGAGAGAGCAAGAGACGCAAUUGAAAAUGGAAAAUUGUUCGUAGUAUGGAUUCGGGAAAGAGCCGAAGCUACCGUCAGUCGCGUGCUCGCCACGAAUAAUGCUCGAUGUGCAAUUAGAAAAGUUCAAUUUGAAUUUGUCGUUUAGUUUAGUAGCUACAUUUGAUCGGUUAGCAAUGGCAAUGAAUUAAGUGCGCACACAACACACACGCCAGGGAAAGAGAAAAACAAUUAAUGAAAUAAAUGCUGUUUGAAACUUUGUGCGUUCUGAAUUUGGCAGAUAUCGUCCAAUUGGUGGCUGGCACUCGAAUUUAACCAGAAAACUAAAUAAAAUCGUGUCAAACCAUUCGAUAUCGAUACAAAAAGACGGAAAUAAAAACGAAAACGAACGUUAUUUGGCUGCAUUUGACGCUAACAGUGUAUGUAAUAAACUGAAAAUCGGUUAAGUGAAAUUGGUGGACUCGGUGGUGUGCUUUGUAAAUGAGUGUGUGUUUUUUUUUUUAAAAAGCAAUUAAACUGUCCAACAACUUUAAUAAUAGACCUUUAGUACCACACCGUGUUAUUUUAAACUAAAUCGGAUUUCAAGUGGCCGAUUUAUCGGUGCGUGUCACUCAUAUUUUUCAAUAUAUCGUGCUAAUUCAUUAUUGUUUAACACUACUAAUUGAGACAUUACUUUUCGAAAAGAAAAAAAAAACUAGCAAUCACGGUGGUAGUAAAAAAAUAACAUCUCAUUAAAACAUUUUAUAGACAUGUUCGCAGACAAGCACAAAUUAUUGGUUUUGUUGAAGACGAAAAAAUGAGAAUAAUUCGAAUUGAAUGACUUUUAAACGAAAAAGAACAAUUUUUUUUUUGAAUAAAUAAAAUACGAAUUUCAUAUUCAGAAUUUAAAUAGAUGAAAAAACGGAAUUUAGUGCGAAAUUGAAACUUCAGUGAAAAUCCGACCGUAUUCAAAGAGCAUUUCAACACUCCGUUCAGCCCUGCUAAUCAUCAUACUCACACAUACACACACACAUCACACCAUACUACAUCGAAAAUAAAUUCGCUGCGGAAUUUGGAGAUUCAUGUGUCGUGAAUUGAAUCGCACGAAGCGAGAGAACCAAAACCGAAUUUCAAGAUACGAUUCAAUGACGAUCAUAAAUAACAUUUGAGACGGAACAGUGGAAAAAAAGCCACACAUAAACACAUUGAGCGACUUGGAAAACUGCUGAUAUCGCACCGAUAACUUUAGAGUCGAAUCAACUAUUGGGAUUGCAUCUAAAACGAGAGCGCUACGGUCAUCGAAUGUACAAAGAUAACGGCAAAAUAAAUGUGGAGCUUUUGGCUGAAGUCGGAGACAUUGCACAUCGUUUACGGUCUCUAGAUAAACGUUUAGCCUUGAAUUUGAACGAUCCACGGCUCCAACACGAAUUGCAACAAAGUCAAACGACAACAGCUGAUUCCUCCGACGAACCAACACCAGACCACCAAUGUUCGUCAUCAGAGAGAAGACCGAGUUUGGCAGCACAAAUUGCCCAAGAUAUCGGUGAUCGAAUUAGCGGCGGUAAUAGCGCUGGCGCACCCGAUUCAGAAGCUUUGCAGCAAAGACGCUACAGUAGCAAACAAGUUGAAGAUAUUAUCUUAGAAUUUUACGAGAAACACUUGAUUUAUCAUCAAAACUUAGAGAAGGAACGGUUAGUGGCCACGUCAACAACGGACACCGAAACCGAACCGAGACGAUCACGAAUCUUUCGAUUAACCAGCGGCGAUACGAAUAAUAUGAGCAACUUGCCGUCAUCGAUAGCAUCCACCAAAUGUUCAACGAGUAAAAGUGGCGAAAAUGCCGACAGCCAUGUGAACGAAGAUAGUAGUUUAACCGAACAAACAACCAGUAAACUCAACGAAUUGACUGCUGAACCAAGUAAACCAGAGACAACCACGGGCAGUGGGAAACGAAAUUCGAUUGCGAACCAGCCAAUGCCUGAAAUUCAAAUCAGUAACAGUGAUGAACCACCGAAGCCACGUAAAUCACUUACUGAACUGUUCGAACCAAAGGAGCCGACUAUUGCCGAUUCAACAAGCAACGAAAAAUCGGACACUUACGAAACUUCAGCUACAAUAACCAUAACUACGACGACGACAGCAACAACAACAACAACAACAUCAUCAUCAACAUCACCAAUAACUGGAGGAGUUUGCGGUCACUAUUGCGCUGGUUGGCAAACAUCAAUUUGGCAUAAUCAAUUGGAUGACGACGUCUUACGAACACUUGUUAUGGAAUUGAAACACAAAAUCGAAUUCACCGAAAGAAUGAAUUGGCUUUUAAAUUUUCCAGAUUUAUCGAAACGACCGGCGGGACCGCCACAUCGUAAAACCAGUUUGCCAAAGCAUACCGAGGUUAAGAAACGUUUUAUGGAAAUAUGCGAUCGAACGUUUUCGGACGAAAUCAAGGCUGCGCUUCGAUUGCCAUCAUUUGAUUCGUACGAAUGGGAAGACGAGGAUGUACUCUUUCUAAUGCAAACCAUGUUCAUCGAUACUGGUCUGGUGGAAAAGUUCAACAUACCGUUGCCAACGCUACGCGAAUGGCUUUACGAAGUGUACAAACAUUAUAAUGCUGUACCAUUUCACAAUUUUCGGCAUUGCUUCUGUGUCGCACAAAUGAUGUAUGCAAUCACAUGCCGAACAAAUCUGUCAGCACGGCUUGGCGAUUUGGAAGUGUUGAUAUUAUUAGUAUCGUGCAUUUGCCAUGACUUAGAUCAUCCAGGUUAUAAUAAUAUUUAUCAAAUAAAUGCGAGAACGGAAUUAGCACUAAGAUAUAAUGACAUAUCACCGUUAGAAAAUCAUCAUUGCUCAAUUGCAUUUAGAUUAUUGGAACAUCCGGACUGUAAUAUAUUUAAGAAUUUUAGUAAAGAAACGUUCAAUCAAAUACGUGAGGGAAUCAUAAGAUGUAUUUUAGCCACUGAUAUGGCUCGACACAAUGAAAUCCUUACACAAUUUCAAGAAAUUACUCCUACUUUUGAUUACUCCAAUGAAGCACACAUAAAUUUACUUUGUAUGGUUCUAAUAAAAGUUGCAGAUAUUUCAAAUGAAGCACGGCCUAUGGAUAUUGCUGAACCAUGGCUUGAGCGACUAUUACAGGAAUUCUUUGCACAGAGUGCUGCGGAAAAAUUAGAGGGUCUUCCUGUGACGCCAUUCAUGGAUCCGGAUAAAGUCAGCAAACCGGGUAGUCAAGUUCGUUUUAUUGGCUUAGUAUUGUUGCCAUUGUUUGAAGCGCUCGGCGAAUUGUUGCCCGAGUUAGUUGAAAUGAUCAUUCAACCCGUUCGUGAUGCCCUGGAUUUUUACAAGAAAUUGAAUGAUGCACAAAACAAGACUCGAAAAUCACUCGGAGAGGUGGAUGGAUCAUCGGAUGGCGGUGCAUCACCACAAAUGCCCCGCUCUCAAUCCGGCAUCAGUGUGCGUUCUCGUCGCAGUAUUCCAUCACAGAAAUCCACAUCACGUACAUCGGUGGACGAGCCACUUUGCAUAUCAGCCGAACUACAUGAUCUUCCAGAGGGUAGCGAAAGUGGCGACUCAGAAACUGCAACGGAAGUGGAUAUAGCCGAGAAAACGUCAAAAUUUAAAGUGGAUACCGAAGGCAACAAUCGAAUCAAAAACGUGCCGCAUACUAACCGAAAAGUCAGCCGUGAAAAGCGACCGUCGAUGAUUAGUGAAUUGUGUACAACAGGUUCAGGUACACGGAUGCGUGGAUCUCAUGGUAAUAUUCAUAGUUAUCACAAUAAUCGUUCGAAUUUCGGUGCAAAUCGUGCUGUUAGCUUGGACCAAUACAGCACACAUAAUCGACGGUCGUCAGACGGUCUGCAACAAGUGACGUCUGACAAUAAUGUUUACUAUAAUCAUCAUCCACAUCGUAGUGUUGAUGGCGAUGUACCGGCCACGAUUGCUGAGAGUAUUCAGUUCAAUAAAAGUGCAAAUGAUGAUUUAUCGAGUGGCGGUGAUAUACGCAGUGACCCGCUUAAUCGAAAUUUGAAACCAUCCGAUGAAAAGUCCAAAGCGAGCCAACAGCAACAACAAAUCAAUCAAUAUCCACAACAGCACAAAUACAAAAUCCUAAACACCGCUAGUUCGGCCGCAAAUAACGGCACCAAAUCAUUCAUGUCCCGAUUACGUCAAUUUAGUAGCCGUUUUAGUUUCACUUUCGAUCGUGAUGCAAAACGAAAUAACAGCACCAAUGCAAGUAUCACACGUAACAAUAAUGCCAAUGAAUCGGUGUUGCCAAUAACGAAAGCAAGUUUUUGCUGUGCAAAUAAAACCUCUUCGCCGCUGCAUUUGCCAGCAAAGCAUAUGGAGAGCAUUCAUGUGAUGCCCGGCAACGAUUUGAGUGCACGUCAUCGUGCCCAUUCACUGGAUGUGGUGCGUACUAGACAAUACAGCAGUAGCAACAGUGAAAAUAGCCGAAAAUCGUCACGCAACGAUGAGCACAGCCACAUCAUGCUAAUGAUGGAGGACAAUAGUAAUCAUACGACAACAAUUGGCGAUAAUAAAAGUGAUGCCGAUGAGAGUUUCAGUGCCGUUUGUGUUGGCGGAGACAAUGGCGACCCCGGAAAUAGUAUUUGACAUCAAAGUGUAAGUUCAAAUGCAGGUCUAUCCACGCACUCACAGCAGCAACAAGCCCAACAGUCAAUGUUUUGUGUCUGGACCACAUGCAUCAGUGACCGUAUUACCGCGUUUGUUUGCCAAUGUUGCGAAGCAAAACUGCCCCAACCGGAAAAUUUAUAAGCAUUUUAUUGCAACACAAACACAAAAUCAUCAUCUGCUCUUAGGGAACUGCAUCAUAAAUUAUGACAACGUAGUAAUACAUACAUAAUUGAAGUCGGUGAUCCUUUUCCAUAUGUGUUGUGUGGAUUUAUCGUUCUCUGCUGGCCAUUUGACCAUUUUAUCCACACAAACAAACAAAUACACAUUUAGUAAGAAAAAAAAAACACACACAUAUUCGACAUCUAUGUUCUCUUUAUAAGUAAAAUAAUAAUAACCAUUCAUGUUUUGACGCAAGACGUAUUCGAACCGCACAUCAUUCAAAGGUUCAAUCGAAAUUUUUUGAAAUGACAAAAAAAAAAACUAAUUGUUUAAACCAAAUCGUCGUAAAAAAUAAAAAAAAAUGUUGACAGCGAUUGACAAAAUAUUUAACAAAUUUAUGGAUUAAAAAGAAUAAAAGGAAAAAAUCUUAUUGUUUUUGUUUCUGCUUGAAAAAAAAUGUUUUUAAAUCGAAAUGUUUGUCUCAAAUUGAAGAAUGUAUGCUAUUUAUUGAUGAAGAUGAAAACAAAUCACACAGAAAAAUAAUCAUUGUAAAUGAAACAAUCGACGAAUGUUUUACCUAUAAAACUGUAAAAAAAAAUGACAAAAAAAAAUGUAUAAACAAUUUAGAGUAUGAAAAUAGAUAUUAUUGAAACAAAUCUACAAUCUAUCAUAUUAUAUGGAUGUAAACUGAGCUUCUUCUGCCUCCAUCAUCAACACUUUACAAAGAGAUCGGCGCCGACCAAUUUAUGUCGCGGGACACAGCAUACAACCUUUACCAGUACAUAGUAAAAUUAAACUUUCUCAGAGAAAAAAAAUUGUUCAAAAAAAUGUUUUAAAAAAUGAGAUUAGUUUACUUCAAUUUUUGUGGAGCAAUAGUGCCGAAUAUAUUGAAACAGUAUGAUUAUUACAAUGUGUGCCCGAUCUCUCAACUUUUCUGACAUAUUGAUUCUGAACAAAAAAGGAAUUUUAUGUAAAUGUAACAUUUAAACAUGAAUUUAUCUGUUAAUUGUAUGAAGAAAAAAACGCGGAACAGUAAAUUACAAAUCAAUUUAAAAGAAAUCAAUUUCUUCUGCAACAUAUACAACAAUGAUGGUAGAUGGCUAGUUUGAAAAUAGUGAAUCAUCUCCGAAACCAUAUCACAUAAAUUACUUUCAUUCUGUAUUUCGAACCAACAACAGAACCAGUAAUCAUGAUUUCAUCAAUUUUCUGUCUUCCUCUUCGAUCCAAAAAGCAACCAAACAUAGCUGAAUUUUUCACUCAAAAUCCAUUUCAAACAUUAUUAGUAUUAAACAUGGUAGUGCGAUAGAAUAGCAAGAGUAAAAAAAACUGCCUCCAAUCAGAUCAAAUCGGUUACAAUCGUCCUUCCUCAAAUCACAACCGAAACCAUUACCAUUUAUUGUAGAACCGCCGCAAAGCAAAACCAACUGAAACAAAUUAAAAAAAAAACAUUUUCGAAAUAUUUACGUGUAAAAUGACUAGAGACAUUGUAAUUAUUGAAUUAAAAAAAAAGUCUUUUGAAUAUCAUCAUAAAUAUUAAAAGCAGUAGUGAUGUCAAAUAGGAAAAUUGUCAAAACAGAAUCAGAUACAUACAUACCCAUCCACACACGUGUAAAACUCAUUCUGAAGAAACAACAGACACAAUGAUUACACAUAUACCAAAUAUCCAAUUCAAUCUUGCUUAUGUGAACGUUGGCAAACAGAUUUAUUUCACUACCCAGCAAGAGAGCGUAGAAUGGUUCGAAUGAACAAGAAAAAAAGUAAAACAUUUCCAUAAAUUACCGAUAACAACUGAGAGAGAUAAAAUACAAAACUAGAAUCUGUAGUGCAAUGAGUCAGGAGAAUAUGAACAAGAAGAAAAUAUUGGAUAAAUAAAUGAAGGAGCAUUCCUCCCUGUUUAAUACUUCCAAAUUUAUUUGAUGCAUGAGUCGGGCGACUGGUUCACCUUGUUUGAUUGCACAACAUCAGAAUGGUAAUUUGAUUUAAGUUUUUGGUGCGAUACAAGGUGUACAGUGUACACGUACACCUACACACGAAAAUCAAACUAACCAAUCUUUGAACAUUUUCCGAGACAGAGAGAGAGCAAGCAAAGGAAAGGCAAAAUGAAAAUGUAAUGAUUAGAAAAAAGAGGAACGAUACAGCGGAUAUUGUGUUUUGGAUUUUCAUUUUAUAUCUUCUAGAAAAUUGUAAUUGUUGAAAAAGCAAGGAAAAUUGUAUGGAAAAUCAUACUGGAUAACAAUAAUAUUGAAUUGGAACAAGAAGAAGAAGUUAAAAAAAAAGAAGAAGAAAAAAACAUUUCGAACAAAUUUAAACUUAGACGAUGGAUAUGAACAAACUAUCUAAAAUCACUAUAUCAAUUAUGAAAUUUAUCAAACAAAAUAAACAAAAAUUAAUUGAUGUUGUAAAACUAAA